AUGGGAGACGCCUUCCACCGCCGGAACAACCCCCCACCUUGGAGUGAAUGUGAUGACAGUUCCCCAUUCCAGCAAUCCAACAACUUCACCCGCCCCAGUGGGAGAAGCAUCUACAACCAGCGCAAGGACUACAGCCAGACCCUGUGCAGACCCCAAAGCAACUUCCAGCACCACGUCGAGCACCUGCUCACAGUGCGCCUGGAGAGGAACAUGCGCAGCGUCGAGGACUGCCUGGCACACCUGAAGGUGCUGGAGGCUCAGGGGCGGGUUUGGGGGCAGGAUCUCAUCCUGCAAAUCAAGGAUGGUGAGCUGGUGCUGAGUGAUGUGGAGAGCAAGGAGGAGCUGGAUGCUUUCCUGCUGGACAGCGUGCAGGGGUGUUUGGCUGCACUGGACAUUUGCACCUACAACUCGGUGUUGGCCAUCAGUGUGCAGGAGCAGAGCCCCCCAGGAACCAGCGUCCUGCUGUUCCAGUGCGAGCAUCCAGGAGCAGAGACGCUGAAGAGCAGCCUGGAGAAGCUGAUGAAGCAGGGGAAGGAGGAGCAGAGGUGGCUGUAUGGGCACAGGAACAGCCAGGAUGUGCUGCCAAUUCCAGCCCCCCCGUACACGAAGGCUCCCUCCGUACCCCCAGAGCAGCAGGCAGAGCCCCCUGAGCCCCCCUACUGCCCGCUGCCCUCCUCGAGCUACAGCUUGCUGGGCACCCAGCAGACCCCAUGGACCACAACUCCCGGCCUGGUGAUGUCCUCUGUGGACCGAGAUGUUGAGGUCCUCAACCAUGUGCUGGGUGACCUGGACCUCUUCGUUUUCCGGCUGAAGACAGCCCUGGGCCUGGCCAGCACCUCGCAGCUGAAGAAGAAAAAGAAGAUGAAGAAGAAAAAGAAGAUGAAGAACAAAGCUCUGCCCCCUCAGGAGGACUACAAGGAGUUCUUCCAGAAGGUGAAAUACGCCCUCAACCUACUAGGCAGGACCCACCGGCUUGUGCGGGAACCGGAGCCCCCAGAGCUGGUGGACCUCAUCUUCACAGCCCUCUCCUUUGUCCUGGCCCAUUGCCCCAUGCUUGGGUUGGGGGCGGCUGUGGAAGUCCCGCUGCUGGUGCCGGAGGCAAUCGAGCUGCUGGAGGAGACCCUGUGUCAGGAGCACCGUGAAACCUGGAAGGCCCUGGGCAGUGCCUGGAACCAGAGCAGUGCUGAAUACCCCAAUGGCGACCUGGUGCCUAGCUACAUCCCUGUCUUCUCUGAUGGGUGGCUUCCCCCUCCGGUGGAGCAGCUGCCAACCACUGGCUUGAUGGACAACCCCGGCCAAGCCGCCCCGCAGGGCUUUGUCCGAGCCCUGUAUGAGUUUCAGAGCAGGAACCCACAGGAGCUGAAUGUCAGGAUGGGGGACACACUGCAGGUCCUGGACCAGCGGAAGAAGUGGUGGCUGGUGCAGGAUGACCGUGGGGACAAGGGCUAUGUCCCCAGCAACAUCCUGGAGCCCCUGGGGCCGGGGCAGGAUGAGGGUAUGGCAGGAGGUCCCCUGCUCCAGGGCAGCCCCCUCAACCUGCACACUGACUCCUCACCGGCAGAGGUGACGGCAUGGCUGAAGGACAAGGGCUUCUUGCGGAUCACGGUGCGGUGCCUGGGGGUGCUGACGGGAGGGCAGCUGCUGCAGAUGACCCCGGCGGAGCUGCGAGCUGUCUGUCCCGAGGAGUGGCGUCGAGUUCUCUUCAAGCUCUCAGCCAUCAGGACAUCUCUGGGGAUGGGUCCCAUGGAUUGA